UGAGAUAGUAUGAACUGAAUCGGGUGUCAUGAAUGGUUCUUGUCUUAAUUGUUUAAGAGUUCUAUUAUAUGAUUUAGCUUCUGGUCUGAAUUGAAUCGAGUCUCCUGAAUUUGUUUUGUUUCUGUUUGUCAUGAAUGGUUCUUUGUCUCUGUUUCUUGUGUUUGUUAUUGAUAUUGAUUGAACGUUUUUAAAAAAGCUUUGUGUUUUAUUCGUUGGUCGUUUAUGAUAUUGAUUGCAAGUGUUAACGAGUGUGGUCUCAACUGAAUUGAUUUUCGUUCUUGUCUGACUUGAAUAGAUUGUUUAUGAUCAUGUGAUUUGUGUCUGUGUGUUAUGUACACCAAUUGAUCCGUAACUGAACUGAAUCGAGGGUCAUGAAUGGUUCUGGUCUGAGUUGUUUACGAGUUCAAUUAUAUUAUUUAGCUUUUGGUCUUAAUUGAAUCGAGUGUCAUGAAUUUGAUUCCUUGAUCUAUUGCUCAUUUUUGUUUUUUUUCCUGUGUGUUUGUCUGUUGAGUUGCAUAAAUCAAAGUAGAUGAGGAAGAAUCGUCAAAGCAGAAGAUUGCAUUUACUGGAGCAAUACAGGUAAAUGUCUUCAUCUUUUAAUCGUUCAUUGAAAGUUUUAUGGUUGAGUUAGGUAGUUAAUAUUUUGGUCAGUUGGCAUUGAUGUUCGUAAUUAAUAGAAGUGAUGUUGAAUUGAGAAAAGGAUUGCGUGUGGUUGAGUUAGGUAGUUGAAUGAGUUGCUUUGUUUUUGAAAAUGAAUUGAAAUGUCAAUAAUAAAAUACUUGGUUUGUGUUUGAUUAUGGUUGUGAAAUGGUAAUAUUAAUAGAAGUUAGAUAUAUGUCAACUCGAAUAUGUUUGUUGUUAGUUGUUUUGAGUCUUGAAUGGAUUCCUAUGUGUUAUUUCUCUUCCAUUUUUAAAACUCUGCCAUUGAAUUCUCGAUAAUAUCUCUCUUCCAUCUUUAGAACUCCUUCCUUUUUUCCAUCUCCAACAGAUUCCUAUCUGUUAUUUCUCACCUCAUUCACUUCGGAAAUGGAUUUUAAUCCAUUCACGUAGCCUUCAAACUUUGUUGAACUGCUUAGCAGUCAACAAAAUAUUGUCUUUGGUAACGUAUCAGAUAGCGUAUCACAAUCUUCAUAUUAAGUUCCCUUCACCGAGGAUUCAAACUUUUGUGAAGACAGUCAAGUAGUGACUAAAGAAAGAAGGACGUGGACGCCUUCAGACGAUGUGGUGCUCAUCAGCUCGUGGUUAAACAUGAGCAAAGAUCCCAUAAUAGGGAAUGAGCAAAGGUCUAAUGCUUUCUGGAAAAGAAUAGCUGAGUACUUCUCUGCUAGUCGAAAGCUUGCUGGCUGUGACAAGAGAGAGGCAUCUCACUGCAAGAAUCGUUGGCAGGAGAUCAAUGACUUAGUAUGCAAGUUUUCUGGAGCAUAUGAGGCUGCAGCCAGAGAGAGAAGCAGUAGGCAAAAUGAGAAUGAUGUUCUCAAACUAGCCCACAAAAUCGUCUUCACCAACCAUAAAAAAAGGUUUACUCUUGAGCAUGUUUGGAAAGAGUUGCGUAAUGACCAAAAGUGGUGUGCCCUGUCUACUGCUAAAAAAGAUGGAAGCUCCAAGAAGAGGAGGUGUGAGGAUGGUUCAGAUUCAACAAGCUAUAAAGCAACUGAAGAAGAUUCUGCUCUUGAUGAUGAAGGAACAAAUCGUCCCCCGGGUGUUAAGGCAGCAAAGAAAGGCAGCAAAGAAAGGCUGUCUAAGAAGCCAAUGGUUGAUGGGAAGGAGCUGUCUCAGUUUCAGACAAUGUGGAGCCUCAAGAAGCAAGAUUUAGAGGUGAAAGAAAGGCUAUCCAAGAUGAAGUUACUGGACAGUCUCAUUGCUAAACAAGAACCUCUUGUGGAUUAUGAAGAAGCUUUGAAGAAGAAACUCAUUGAUGAGUUAAUGUCUAAUUAGUUUAAGUGGUUUCGGUUUGUCUUGUUUGUCUUGUUCUUGUUCUGUUAUGUAGUUUAUCUUGUUGCUUAAGUUUCUAUUGUCAUGGAGUUUUUGUGUAAGUGUAACUUGUUGCAUAAGUUUCUGUUUAAUAUAUAUGUUUCGUGUUCUAAUGUUGAUCUUUUGUAUCUUGUUCUUGUUGUCAGGUGAACGAAGGAGCAUCCUUGUUCUGUUGGAGCAUCCGUGUGCCGUUGGAGCAUCCUUGUUCUGUUGUAUUUUGUUUGCUUGUAUCACGGGUUGUAUUUUGUUUGCUUGUAUCACGGAUUGUAUCUUGUUUUGUUGUGCUCUUCUGUGCAUUGUACUCUUGUUUCCUUGUAUCACGGACCUAGAAUCUUGUUUGUAUGCAUGUACGUGUAGCAUUAUUUGGUUUCGCGAGACUUGUAUCAUCAAGCAGUUUCAUGUGUGGCAUUAUAAAGUAUUCAAGCUUAUGUCUUUCUUUGUACCAUUCCAUCUUUAGUACCAAUUCAUUUUCUCUCUUUCUCAUAGUUUCAUCGAACCAAUAUCAAACCAAGAUAUUCUCUCUUGUCACCAAACCAAGAUCACCCUUUGAUCAAAGUCACAUUUAUCUCAUUCUCACCAAACCAAGAUCACAAAUCGUAUAAACAUUAAAGAUCAUCUUUGAUCACCAGAUCAUAUUAUCACCCUUUCUUCCAUCUCAAGUUCUCUCUUUAAUCUCAAGUUCUUUCUUCCUUUUCUUUUUAAUCACUUUGUCAACCUCAUCUUCUCUCUUAAUCACUUUCUCAAACUCAUCUUCUCUCUUUAAAAACUUCAGCAACCUCACUCUCAAAUUAAAAAAAAACAACCAGAAACACUCUUGCUUUCACUCAUAUCCAAAACACCUAAGUUUCAUUCUUUACUCAUCUUCUCUUUUCAAUCACCAUAUAUGACUUCUUCUUCUCAAAACACUUUAGACGAAUCAUUUGAUGAGUUUUCUUUUAUUAUGUUUUAUUUAAUAAAUAAAUUUUAUCUUUAAUAAAAACAAUGUUUAAAUUUUUUGUUAAGAACCCCAAAAUAAGAGUCUCCCAUUGGAGCACGAAAAUGUUCGGAGUUCUUAGCGUUGCCUCUUAAAUCACUUUUACAACUUAAAAUUAUUUAAAAAAAAUAAGCACCCCUAAUUGAGUAUUUGGGUUAAUGGUGCUCUUAUGUUCAACAUCCCAAACAUAUCGGAAACGUUUCCAUAAACUGAUCGUAACGUCUCCAAAAGCUUUUGCCGUCCCCACCAUCUCUGAAACGUCUCCCCAGCGUCCCCACCGUACCAUGUCUCCGUCCCGGAAGCGCAGCUGUGUUUGUCAGAUGAUUUGCGAGGAUUCGUCAUGUUUUUUUCUGGGACAGAUGAAAGAUCGUAAUCGUUAAAAACCUGCGUGAAGGUAAAUCACUGGUCUCUCUCAUUUGUCUAAACAAGCAUUUUUUUGAAUACGUAGUCUACAUUUCUCCUGGGAAAAUGUGUGAGGUCCAUACAAAUCUGGGUUAGGUUUUGAGUGCAGAAGAAUGUAAAAAAAGAAAAAGAUUUAAUAUUCGCUUCUUAAAGAGGUAUUAGGUUUAAUGAUUAUAGGCUUUAUGGAUUUUAAGGUGUCCACCUUUGCUAAGGAACUUCCAACAUUCUGGAAAUGAAUAGAUCAAUUAAUUAGCAAAUACUAAACUCUUUAAAUAAUGGUUCCGAAGAUGCUACGACAAACAAGAAGAGCUCAAAAUCUUUAUAGCAAAUUAAUGAAGCAUCUAGUUAAACCAUUUACUCAGGUAUCUAACGUUGUUUAAACCUUUUAAUUUUUGGCAUUCUCUUUGAGGAUUACAGUCUAGAAGCAUGCAAUGCAAGUAAAGUGGUAAUAGUAAUAGUACUAUAAUGGAGAAUUGGUGAUAUGUCUCGGUCAUAAACAUGAAUUUAGAUUUUGGUUAGUUGCUGUGGAAAACGUAGAUUGCUCUGGUCAUAAGAAAAAGCUAUGUACACAGCAAGAGAAGAGAAGAAGCAAGUAGUAGGUGCUGACACGCAGUGAAGUGAUCACAAUGGAUAUGUAUCAAAUUAUUGAACAUGUGACAAGACAAAAAGGUUUAUUUUAGAACUAGGGAUUAAUUAUUUCAUGCCAGUUCUAUUCUAUAUUGUUUGAUUAGUCUACAUAUAUACACACAUUAAUUUUUCUUUAGUCAAAAUACUUGAGAUUUUUUAAUAUAUAGUCUACAUAUAUAUAUAUACUAGGUGUUCUACCCGCAUGUGCGGACAUAGUGUUCAUAUAGAUAUUUAUCUGUUUAUAACUAUUAAAUCAAAACCAACAUAAUAAAUUAUUAAUUAUGUUUUAAAAAAGAUAAAUCAAACAUUAAACUUUAUAUUUUAUAAUAAAAAAUAUUAUUUCAGAUAAAAAACACAACAUAUUUAAGAAUUAUCUUAUGUU